AUGUCUGACAGUACAAUAGUCCUCGAUGCUCUUAUCGUCGGUGGAGGCUUCGGUGGUGUAUACCAGCUGAAACGACUCCGAGAAGAGGGCUACAAUGUCAAGCUGGUCGACAUGGCGUCUGACUAUGCAGGUGUCUGGUUCUGGAACCGAUACCCCGGUGCUCGAGUUGAUAGCUCUAUACCGCACUACGAGUUUUCCGAUCCCGAGCUAUGGCUCCAACAGAUGGACAAUCCAGACCAACGAUAUACACCCGACUGGAAGGGUAUCGACCAAUUCCGUGGCACCUGGAUACAUCCUUCGUACUGGCCCUAUGAGGACCCUGACAUGAAGGGCAAGAAGAUUGCUGUCAUAGGAACAGGUUCAACGGGUGUUCAGCUUGCUCAAGAGCUCAGCAAAGUAGCAAGCAAGUUUGUCCUGUUUCAGAGGUCUCCCAAUCUGGCUCUUCCCAUGAAGCAGAUCAAAUACUCCCCCAAAUCAAUCCCAGAAGAUCGCUACAAGGAGGUAUACCAAGGCCGCCUCGACAGUUUCACUGGCUUUGACUUUAACUUUACUCCACGCAACACUUUCAGUGACGACUCCAAGGCGCGUCUUGCACUAUACGAAUAUCUCUGGGCUCAUGGAGAUUUUCACUUUUGGCUCGCAACCUACCAAGACAUGUUGUUUGACGAGAAGGCCAACGCAGAGGCGUACAACUUCUGGAAGUCCAAGGUCAGGUCUCGUAUCAACGAUCCACGUCACCAAGAGCUUCUGGCUCCCGAGAAACAACCUUACAGCUUCGGCUGCAAGCGAAUUUCUCUGGAAAGCGGCUACUUUGAGAUCUUUAACCAGCCGAACGUGUCCUUGGUAGAUGUUAACUCAACCCCUAUCGUUGAAGUCACGGAGCGCGGUAUCAAAACCACUGAAAAAGAGUGGGAGUUUGACAUUGUCGUAUGUGCGACCGGGUUUGAUGCACUCACUGGCGGUAUGCUAGAUAUGAACAUCACCGGUGCAUCAGGUCUGAAACUCAACGACAAGUGGAAGACGCGAGUCAAGACAUAUCUCGGUAUGACAGUCGCUGGAUUCCCCAACAUGUUCUUCACAUAUGGACCCCAAGCACCUACAGCAUUCUGUAACGGUCCGACAUGUGCGGAGUCACAAGGUGAAUUCAUUAUCAGUUUGAUGAAGUACAUGUCGAAACACGGCUGUCGAACAGUGGAAGCCUCGCAGGAGUCCGAGGCUGAAUGGGGAGCGACAGUUCAUGAUUUUGCCAAUGCCUCGCUUUUACCCAGCACCAAGUCGUAA